AUGUUUCCAAGACACACCAUCCUCCGAAGCUCAGUUAAAUCCAACAUCAAGGAGACUAUACAUCAUCGGCAUCAGCGGCGACCAACGGAGAAAACCACCCUCACCAACAGAUUAAUCAAAAACCUGUCCAACUGUUGUGUGGUCCAUCAGGAUGACUUCUUCAAGCCCCACAGUCAGAUUGAAGUUGGUGAAGAUGGCUUUAAGCAGUACGAUGUCAUCAACGCUCUGGACAUGGAUGCCAUGAUUAGUAUGAUCUACACAGGGUUGGAUAACCCGGUGAAGUUUGAGAAAUCUCAUGGCGUUAAUAACACCCUGGACACUGAGCUCGUCCCAAAGUUUGACACUAAGGAAGAGGAGACUCACAUUCUUAUUGUGGAAGGCUUUCUGCUUUACACCUACAAACCUUUGAUCGACAUGCUGAACCAACGUUACUUUAUUUCCAUCCCAUACAAAGAAUGCAAAAAGAGGAGGUGCUCUAGGAACUACACGGUGCCAGAUCCACCCGGCCUGUUCGAUGGCCACACCUGGCCCAUGUAUUUGAAACAC